AUGGCCAGGAGGUGGCUCAGGUCGCCGAGGAUCCGGAACACGUUCAUGGUUCCCCGGGCGGGCGGCCCCCACCCCCGCCCCCGCACCGCGCGCGGCCAACUCCUGGGAAACUUUCUGGCGGGAGAGGCGGCUGCCACGUCCCCGGGCCGGGCUCUGGGUCCCGCGCUCCGAGCCCCGCGCUCCCCGCCGGCGCCGCCGCCGCUCCGCCAGCGCACCCUCGGCCGGGCGGUGACGUGGCCAGGCCGGCAGCCGUGCCGGGCGAGCCAGGAAGCGCCGCCGCCCGAGAUCCCGCCUCCCUCCCGUCCCAGCGCCGCGGCCCCGGGGCCUCCCGCACGUGACCUUGGGCGGGCCACCGCGCCCCUCCCGCCGCCGGGGGCCCCCUCAUCCGCCUCCAGGGUUUAUAACUCGGGGGCCAGGGUGGAUGGGGGGGGGGGCGGGGCGCGCGCCAGCGUUUGGCCUAAGCCUAGAGGGUUGGCAGCGCCCCGUGAAUGUGACCCACUGCCGCUGUCAGCAUCCGCCUGGGGUUCAAGGCCUCCCUCCUUUCCCGCGCUCCUACCGGUCCACUGCCAGAGCCCCCUUGUCCUGACCCGCCCAGUCGGGGCGGUGAAGCUGGUGAAAGAUGGCCCUCAGGUUUGGGGUCAGGCUGACCUCUGUUCCGGCCUGAGUGCUGUGGGCCUCCCUCUCCCGCUCUUGGCCUCAGGGGUUUCAUCUGUGAAAGGAGGUUGCUGAUCUUCUCUCCCAAACACCGGCCUCCUCCCAGCCUCAUCCCUGCCCCGGCCAGAGAGGCUCUGCUACCAUGGAAUCUGUCUCGCCCCUACUCAUCACCCUUCCGUGGCUCCCUCACCAUGACUCCUAGGGCAAGGCAGCCCUUUGAGACUCAAAAUGCGGUCCGCCGGCCAGCAACAUUUGUAUCACCUGCUGGGAAUGCAGAAUCUCAAGCCCCCCGGGGCUCCUCGGGGGCUCAGUCGGUUAAGCAUCUGACUUCAGCUGAGCUCACGAUCUCAUGGUUUGUGGGUUCGAGCCCCGCACGGGGCUCCGUCCUGACAGCGCGAAGCCUGCUCAGGAUUCUCUCUCGAGCCCUCUCUCUGCCCCUCCCCCACUUUCUCUCUUUCCAAAAUAAAUAAAUAAACUUAAAAAAAAGAAAAAGGGGGAUCUUGAGUCCUACCUCAGGCCCACUGGAUCUGCAUCUGUGGUUAAACAAGAUCCCUGGCUGAUUCAUGGGCCCACGGGAGUUUGAGAGGCACUGAUAUAAGCAAUACUAUGAGGAAGGUACUGAUAUUACUCCCAUUUUACACCCAGGAAACUGAGGCACAGAGAGGUUAGGUGAUGUGCUUCCAGUCACGCAGACCCUAAGUCUGGAGCCUGGAUUCCAGCACAGUCUGGCUCCAGGGUUUAUGUGAUUCGUGGCUUUAAAAA